ACACGCACGAAGGCCGUGAUGGGCGGCACGCGUAUAUAGGAACUGUCCUCCUCGACUCGUGCACUCUCAGCAGGAAUCUGUUCAGGAAUGGCGACCGAACCUGUGUGUGUCGAAGACUUUCAGAAAAUCGCUGAAGCAAAACUGUCAAAGAGUGUUCGUGAAUAUUACAACAGCGGGGCGAAUUAUGAAAAUACUUACAAAGAUAAUAGGAAGGCUUUCGGGAGGUACAAGAUUCGACCAAAGUAUAUGCGAGAUGUGUCCAAUCGAUCAAUGGCGACCACCAUUCUGGGACAGAGAGUAGACUGUCCUAUCGGCGUGUCCCCCGUUGCCAUGUGUCGUCUGGCCCACCCAGACGGAGAGGUGGCUGUAGCUCGCGCUUGUGCCAAGCUUGGCCGCUGUUUCAUGCUGUCUACAAUGGCCACCGCGGGUCUGGACGAGAUUGAAGAGAAGGCGGCAGAUUGUCUGCGAUGGUUCCAGAUCCACAUCCAAACAGACCGAGAUCUGCAGAUUCAGCUUGUACAGAACGCAGAACGUGCUGGCUUCAAGGCCCUGGCCCUGACUGUUGACUGCCAGGUAUAUGGACGUCGCCAUGCAGAGAUGAGGAGCGGCUUCAUAUUACCAGCUAAACACAAGCUAGGUGUGUUAGAGGGACUGAAGUCACGUACUGGGAUGUCUGAUGAGGAGAGGAAGGGUGGAUGGAGCAACUUCCUCAACAACUUCUUCUCCUCCUCCGCAACAUGGGACGACCUGCGAUGGCUGAAGACCAUCACCAAACUUCCAGUGAUAGCUAAGGGCGUUAUAACAGGUGAGGGGGCCCGGGAAGCUCUGGCGGCUGGUGCUGAUGCUAUCGUGGUGUCCAAUCACGGGGGUCGGGAGCUGGACUGCGUCCCCGCCACGAUGGACGCCCUGCGGGAGGUGGUGGAGGUCGUGGGGGACAGGUGCGAGAUCUACCUGGACGGGGGAGUCAGGAGUGGGCUGGACGCCCUCAAAGCCAUCGCCAUGGGGGCAAGGGCCGUCUUCGUGGGACGGCCGAUCCUCUGGGGUCUAGCACAUGCGGGAGGUGAAGGAGCAGAGAAGGUGCUGCAGAUCUUGGGCGAUGAACUCAACACGGGCAUGGCUCUAGCAGGAGCAUCUAAGAUAAGCGAGAUCUCGCGAGACAUGGUGGUUCAUAAAUCCUACUACAGCUCCAAGCUCUGAUUGAAGACUAUGGCAUACCACACCUUCACGAACUGCAUGUAUGUUGGGUGGCCUCACCACUCUGUUGGCACACCGCGUAUUGCUGAUAUACUAGUAUCUCCCUAAAACUGUUGCAAAGUAUGUUUUCUUGUCGUUUAUGUGAAACAGCCAUGCCAGCCCUCAAGUCACCACUACUGGUAAACACAGAUGCGUUGAGAAUGCACAUAUUCGCAUGGGCGUCCUGCAUGGUAGCGAAGAUCCAAUAUGUUCACAGGGCGUUUCAGUCGCGUGUUACAGGUGAAAGCUUUUGUUUGUUUGUUGUUUAACGCCGCACUCAGCAAUAUUCCAGUUAUAUGACGGCGUUCUGUAAAAUAUUCGAGUCUGGACCAGAUAAUCAAGUGACUGAUAU